AUGACGCGAAGCCUAUUUUUAUUUUUCAUUCUGCUCCUCACGGCGGCCCUGGCAGCGGAGGCUGCAACCCGCAAGCCAAAGAAGGUGAAGUGUAAAGACAAGAAAUUCUAUGAAUGUUUCAAGAAGAAGGACCUACACUGUCCUGAAACCUGCCCACGUUCCUGUGAUGUUGAUUGUGAAUCGUGCCAGCCGUUUUGUGUUCCCCCACCAUCUCUGCGGCCGCCACCCCCCACUACCUUUCCUGCACCAACUCCGCCCGUCGAUAGCCCACCACAACCGCCAACGCCACCAGCAGCUACGCCAAGUCCUCCGCCUCCUGAUGGUUCAGAAGCUGCCAGCGGGAAGAGAGUCCGGUGCAAAAACAAAGCGUACGGUACUUGCUACAACAUGGAACACCGGUGCCCAGCUGCAUGUCCAGAUUAUUGUGAAGUUGAUUGUGUCACUUGCAGCCCUGUCUGCAAUUGCAACAAGCCAGGCGCAGUGUGCCAAGACCCCCGAUUCAUUGGCGCAGAUGGAAUCACCUUCUACUUCCACGGCAAGAAGGACAAAGAAUUCUGCAUAGUAACCGAUUCCAGCCUGCACAUAAACGCCCAUUUCAUCGGCAGAAGAAAUGCGAACAUGGGACGAGACUUUACAUGGGUUCAGUCUCUCGGAAUUCUCUUCGAUAAUCACCAAAUCUUUGUUGGAGCACAAAAGACAGCAUCAUGGGACAAUUCUAUCGACCAUUUAGACCUCUCCUUCAAUGGAAAACCAGUCUUCCUCCCGCCCUUUGACGGUGCAAAACAGCAACCUGCCCCCAGUGUUUCCAUCACAAGGUCCGGUAGGGACACUAAUUCAGUAGUGAUUGAAGUUGAAGGAAACUUCCAAAUCAAAGCAACAGUUGUGCCUAUAACAGAACAUGACUCGAAAGUACACAAAUAUGGCAUUACUGGAGAGGAUUGUUUUGCACAUCUUGAUCUGGGAUUCAAGUUUUAUUCUUUAAGUGGUGAAGUUAAUGGAGUUUUGGGCCAAACAUAUGCAAGAAACUAUACGAGUAGGGUUAAAAUGGGAAUAGACAUGCCUGUUUUGGGUGGACAAAGAGAAUUUGCUUCUUCAAGUCUAUUUUCUACAGAUUGUGCAGUUGCCAGGUUCAAGAAAACAGAAUCAUUAAUUACAUCGAACACUUUCGAGUAUGCAAAUCUGAACUGUGCAAGUGGGCUUGAUGGCCGUGGAGUGGUGUGCAAGAGAUAA